CAGGCGUGGCUCCUCCCCCCAGCUCUGACGUCAUCGGUUUGUUUUCACUGCAGGACUUGCUCUCCGUCAACAUUGACAGAUGAACUCAUGUCCUCGUCCUGCUCGUCUGACGGACUCAGAGUGACCCUGAAGCUGUUUGGUGAGCUUCCCCCGCUGCAGUUAAAGGUGCUGUAUCUAUCUAUCCAGGAACAGUCCAUUUGACUGAUCAAAUGAAUGAAGUGCAAACAAGUUUGAAAUAAAAGAGAUUAACUGUCUCCAGCUCUUCUCCAGCAUCCCUUGGGUCAUAUAGGAUCUGACAGUGCUUGGUGAGAGCAGAAGAUGAGCAGUGAACAGAGUGUGUUACAGCAUGAACAUCAGCACACAGCCCCCUCACACCCUCAGCGGAGACACGGCCCUCAGCAGCGUGCUGGUGCCCGUCCUCGUCCUCUGUGUCCUGGGGAGCGUCGCAGCAGUGGUGAUGUACAUAAAGAGGAGACAGAGGAUCGAUAGACUGCGCCAUCAGCUGCUUCCAGUUUACACUUACGACCCGACCGAAGAGCUGAACGAGGCUGAGCAGGACAUACUUUGGAAGGAGGAAGACACAAAGGUGGUGCAGGGUUGGAUGAGGACGUAUCAGCAGCGCAGAUCCCUGACCUCAAAGGAUCCUGAUGCAUGAGAAUCAAGAUUCACAGGAUGGGAAGUUACUGACUGAUUUCCCCGAAGAGCUUUGGUGUCAGGAGAGCGCUCCAGGAGACUGCAGACGCGUAUCAUUCACCUCAGGGGAUGCUCCAGCUGAAGCACAGCUUUACUGUCUCAAUAUCAAGCAGGAUGUGAAUUCACCACUGUGUUCGUUUUUAUUUAUUUUAGUUGUAUGUCUUCUGCGCUAAUAAAUCCUGUUCAUAUUA